AUGGAAUGGCGCAAGAGAAUAGCUACGGACGUCAUUUAUGUGGUGAAAGAAGGUAUGCAGCCGUUGUUAGAUAGGACGGCAAUCAAAACAUUGGAUAUGUUAGAAUGGAUAAUAGAUACCGUUAUUGCAGAAAUAAGUAACGUCAAACCAGAAGAAGAAUUCAGUAAAGUAUUUCAAGGUUUAGGUUGUUACAAAAAGUGUAAACCAUAUCAUAUUUGUCUUAAGUCGAAUACUCAACCAUAUGCAGUUUCAGCGCCACGUAGAGUUCCAUUACAUCUCACGCAAAGAGCCAAGGAGGAAUUACAACGGUUGGAAGAGAUGGGAGUCAUCAGCCGAGUGGUUGAGCCAACGCCAUGGUGUGCACCAAUGGUUGCGGUUCUCAAAGCAAACAAAAAAGACGUUAGAAUCUGUGUAGACUACACAGAACUCAAUAAGGGCGUCGUGAGGAGCCGUCACAUCAUGCCAAGUAUUGAAGAAAAUCUAGCCCAACUAGGAGGAGCUCGUUGGUUUUCCCUUUUAGAUGCGAACAAGGGGUAUCAUCAGAUGUCAAUAUGUCAUUGUUGUCGACUUCUCACCACAUUUAUUACGCCGUGUGGGCGUUUCUGUUUCAACAGACUACCAAUGGGUUUGUGUCCAAGUGCAGAGCAUUUCCAAGAAAACAUGUCCAAAGUAUUAAGUGGACUUCGAAAUGUAGUAAAUCUCUCCGAUGAUAUCUUAAUUUAUGGAAAAACCCUCGAAGAGCAUGAUGAAUGUCUUCGAGCAGCAUUGCGACACCUAUCAGACGCUGGAAUUACACUAAGUAGAGAGAAAUGCGUUUUGAGACAAAGGCGUGUAAAAUUCUUAGGAUACGUAGUAUCAGCAGAGCAUGGAGUAGAACCUGACCCGGAGAAGAUAAAAGCCAUUGUUGAAAUGUCAAGACCAACCAAUGCUACUGAGGUCAAAAGGUUACUAGGAAUGAUACACUUCCAGUUAAAGUUCAUAAAACACCUCGCUGAUAUUACCAGACCCCUACACUCGUCGUCAUAUGGACUGGGAGCAGUUCUAGAGCAAUAUGAUAAGAAUCAAGAGUGCUGGAGACCAGUUUAUUAUGCAUCAAGAGCCCUUAGUGAGACGGAGAAGAGAUAUGCUCAAAUUGAAAAGGAGGCCUUAGCAUUGACAUGGGCUUGUGAGAAAUUUGCAACAUUUAUUGAGGGAGAUCAGGAUCUCAUCCGGAGGACGGAUCACAAGCCGUUAAUUUCAAUUUUAGGAUCCAAACCCAUAAGAAAGACGCUGGUGACGGCAGACACACUAUCACGUGCACCUAUAUCAGACAUCUUAGAUAUCUGUGACUGCAUGCAUGAAGAAAAUGCGGAAAAAUACGUACAUACGGUGGUAAAAAGAAGAGCAUCGGACCCAUUUUCGAAUAAAAUAUACGAGAUGCAGCAACAAGAUCCGACGAUGCAAGAAGUUCUGAAGCAUGUGAAGGAAGGAUGGCCUCGAGUUCACAUACCGAAAGGUCUGCGAGAAGAGGUAUUGAAACGAAUACACCAAGGUCACUUAGGUGAGAAGAAAUGCCUAGGACGAGCCAGACAGGCUGUAUGGUGGCCAGGCAUCAGUACGGAUGUGAAAGCAAAGUGUACCAAUUGUAACACGUGUUUGGAAUACCGACCACAGAUCAGAGAACCGCUAAUAACAGUAGAACCUCCUGAGCGGCUAUGGCAGGAAGUGGCGGUUGAUUUUUGUGACAGAGACGGAAGACAAUAUCUGGUGUUGGUGGAUUGUUUUUCUCGUUAUCCAGAAGUCGUUCAUAUGACAUCGACCACGACAACCAAAACCGUUGCAAAGAUGAAAGACAUUUUUGGGAGACAUGGAAUCCCAGAGAGAGUGCGCUCAGACAAUGGUCCACAAUUCAGCAGUCAGGAAUACAAGGAAUUUGCUAGAAAUUUCGGAUUUACCAGUGUUACAAACAGUCCGAGAUAUCCUCAGAGUAACGGAAAAGUAGAGGCUGCAGUGAAGGCUGUCAAGCGCAUUUUAAAGGAGACCGAGCCCACAUUAGGUCUAUUGGCGUAUAGUACUUCACUCUUAGAAACGGGCAGUAGUCCAUGUGAACUAUUGAUGGGCAGGAAGCUUAGAACUACAAUACUAAGUUCAGGUGCAAUGUUAACUCCGGGCUGGCCUGAUUUAGAAGCACAUAGGCAACAAAUGAGAGCAAGGCAGUUAGAUAGUAAACAGCAAUAUGAUAGACGACAUCGGACAAGAGAAUUACCAGAACUCAAGCCAGGUGAACUUGUAUGGAUACGAGAUCAACGGACAUAUGGCACCGUGAUGCGUCGCCGGAGCGAACCAAGGUCUUACGACGUGCGAUAUCCAGGCGGUGUGUUAAGACGAAACAGAAUAUUUCUGACGGCAGUGCGGCGAGAGGUGGACGACGAGGAUGAUGACGAUAUAGCGUGGUCAAGCGAAGCUGAAGCACCAAAGGUGACGGAUAAAGAGGUGGAAUCAAUCAGACAGCCGGAACUACCACGACGAAGCAGCAGGCAGCAUCACUCGUCGAAGCGACUACAAUAUCAAGCAUUAGGCGUACCGUCAUAA